AUGCAAGACUCUCAGGCAUUAGCUUUUCCUUUUUUCUUGCUCUCUCUUUUCUUCCGGUUUCAUUCUCCCCCUUUUUUUUCGGUCUCAUUUUUCUUUUUCAUUCUCCCCCUUUUUUUCGGUCUCAUUUUUCUUUUUCAUUCUCUCCCUUUUUUUUUCGGUCUCAUUUUCUUUUUCAUUCUCUCCCUUUUUUUUCGGUUUCAUUUUUCUUUUUUCAUUCUCUCCCUUUUUUUCGGUCUCAUUUUUCUUUUUCAUUCUCUCCCUUUAUUUCGGUCUCAUUUUUCUUUUUUAUUCUCCCCUUUUUUUCGGUCUCAUUUUUCUUUUUCAUUCUCCCCCUUUUUUUUCGGUCUCAUUUUUCUUUUUCAUUCUCCCCCUUUUUUUCGGUCUCAUUUUUCUUUUGCAUUCUCUCCCUUUUUUUUCGGUCUCAUUUUUCUUUUUCAUUCGCCCCCUUUUUUUCGGUCUCAUUUUUCUUUUUCAUUCUCUCCCUUUUUUUUCGGUCUCAUUUUUCUUUUUCAUUCUCUCCCUUUUUUUCGCUCUCAUUUUUCUUUUUCAUUCUUCCCCUUUUUUUUCGGUCUCAUUUUUCUUUUUCAUUCUCCCCCUUUUUUUCGGUCUCAUUUUUCUUUUUCAUUCUCUGCCUUUUUUUUCGUUCUCAUUUUAUCUUUUCAUUCUCCCUUUUUUUUUUCGGUCUCAUUUUUCUUUUCAUUUCUCCCGCCUUUUUUUUCGGUCUCAUUUUUCUUUUCAUUUCCCCUUUUUUUCGGUCUCAUUUUUUUUUCAUUCUCCCCUUUUUUUCGGUCUCAUUUUCUUUUGCAUUCUCUCCCUUUUUUUCGGUCUCAUUUUUCUUUUUCAUUCUCCCUUUUUUUUCGGUCUCAUUUUUUUUUCAUUCUCCCUUUUUUUUUUGGUCUCAUUUUUUCUUUUCAUUCUCCCCCUUUUUUUUUCGCUCUCAUUUUCUUUUGCAUUCUCUCCUUUUUUUUUUGGUCUCAUUUUUCUUUUUCAUUCCUUUUUUUUUUUCGGUCUCAUUUUCUUUUUCAUUCUCUCCCUUUUUUUUCGGUCUCAUUUUUCUUUUUCAUUCGCCCCCUUUUUUCGGUCUCAUUAUUCUUUUGCAUUCUCUCCCUUUUUUUUCGGUCUCAUUUUUUUUUUUUCAUUCCCCCCUUUUUUGGUCUCAUUUUUCUUUUGCAUUCUCUCCCUUUUUUUCGGUCUCAUUUUUUUUUUCAUUCUCCCCCUUUUUUCGGUCUCAUUUUUCUUUUCAUUCUCUCCCUUUUUUUUCGGUCUCAUUUUUCUUUUUUCAUUCGCCCCCUUUUUUCGGGUCUCAUUUUUUUUUUGCAUUCUCUCUCCUUUUUUUCGGUCUCAUUUUUCAUUUUCAUUCGCCCCCUUUUUUUCGGUCUCAUUUUUCUUUUUCAUUCUCCCCCUUUUUUCGGUCUCAUUUUCUUUUUCAUUUCUCCUUUUUUUUUCGGUCUCAUUUUUUUUUUAUUCUCCCUUUUUUUUCGGUCUCAUUUUUUUUUCAUUCUCUGCCUUUUUUUUUUUUCUCAUUUUUUUUUUUCAUUCUCUCCUUUUUUUUUCGGUCUCAUUUUUCUUUUGCAUUCUCUCCUUUUUUUUUCGGUCUCAUUUUCUUUUUUCAUUUCCUUUUUUUCGGUCUCAUUUUUCUUUUCAUUCUCCCCUUUUUUUUUCGGUCUCAUUUUUUUUUUCAUUCUCUCCUUUUUUUCGGUCUCAUUUUCUUUUUCAUUCUCCCCUUUUUUUCGCUCUCAUUUUCUUUUUCAUUCUCUCCCUUUUUUUUUCGGUCUCAUUUUUCUUUUUCAUUCUCCUUUUUUUUUUCGGUCUCAUUUUUCUUUUCAUUCUCUCCUUUUUUUUUUCGGUCUCAUUUUUCUUUUUCAUUCUCCCCCCUUUUUUUCGUCUCAUUUUUCUUUUGCAUUCUCUCCUUUUUUUCGGUCUCAUUUUUCUUUUUUCCGCCCCCUUUUUUUUUUCGGUCUCAUUUUUCUUUUUCAUUCUCUCCCUUUUUUUCGGUCUCAUUUUUUUUUUUCAUUUCCUUUUUUUUCGGUCUCAUUAUUCUUUUUCAUUCUCUCCUUUUUUUUUUCGGUCUCAUUUUUCUUUUUUUUCUCCCCUUUUUUCGGGUCUCAUUUUUUUUGCAUUCUCUCCCUUUUUUCGGUCUCAUUUUUCUUUUUCAUUUCUCCCCUUUUUUCGGUCUCAUUUUUUUUUCUUUUUCAUUCUCUCCCUUUUUUCGGUCUCAUUUUUUUUUCAUUCCUUUUUUCUUUUUUUCGGUCUCGCCCCUUUUUUUUUUUCAUUUUUCUUUUUUUUUCUCAUUUUUUCUUUUCAUUCGCCCUUUUUUUUCGGUCUCAUUUUUCUUUUCAUUCUCUCCUUUUUUUUCGUUCUCAUUUUUCUUUUCAUUCUCCCCUUUUUUUCGGUCUCAUUUUUUCUUUUGCAUUCUCCCUUUUUUUCGGUCUCAUUUUUCUUUUUCAUUCUCUCCUUUUUUCGGUCUCAUUUUUCUUUUCAUUCUCAAUUUUUUUUUUCGGUCUCAUUUUUCUUUUUCAUUUUUUUCGGUCUCAUUUUUCUUUUCAUUUCUCUUUUUUUUUUUCGGUCUCAUUUUUCUUUUCCUCCUUUUUUUGGUCUCAUUUUUUUUCAUUUCUCCCUUUUUUUUUUCGGUCUCAUUUUUCUUUUUCAUUUUCCUUUUUUUUCGGUCUCAUUUUUCUUUUCAUUCUUCCUUUUUUUUCGUUCUCUUUUUCUUUUCAUUCCCUUUUUUUUCGGUCUCAUUUUCUUUUUGCAUUCUCUCCUUUUUUUUCGGUCUCAUUUUUCUUUUCAUUCCUUGCUUUUUUCGGUCUCAUUUUUCUUUUCAUUCUCUCCUUUUUUUUUGGUCUCAUUUUUUUUUUUUCAUUCUCUCCCCUUUUUUCGGUCUCAUUUUUCUUUUCAUUCUCCCCUUUUUUCGGUCUCAUUUUUCUUUUGCAUUCUCUCCCUUUUUUUCGGUCUCAUUUUUCUUUUUCAUUCUUUUUUUCUCAUUUUUUUUUCAUUCUCUCCCUUUUUUUCGGUCUCAUUUUUCUUUUUCAUUCUCUCCCUUUUUUUUUUUUGGUCUCAUUUUUCUUUUCAUUCUCCCCUUUUUUUUUGGUCUCAUUUUUCUUUUCAUUCUCCCCUUUUUUUUUGGUCUCAUUUUUCUUUUUCAUUCUCCCCCUUUUUUUUCGGUCUCAUUUUUCUUUUUCAUUCUCCCCUUUUUUUUCGGUCUCGUUUUUCCUUUUUCAUUCUCUCCCUUUUUUUCAGUCUCAUUUUUCUUUUUCAUUCUCCCCCUUUUUUUUCGGUCUCAUUUUUCUUUUUCAUUCUCUCCUUUUUUUUCGGUCUCAUUUUUCUUUUCAUUUCUUUUUUUUUUCGGUCUCAUUUUUCUUUUCAUUCUCCCCUUUUUUUCAUUCUCAUUUUCUUUUUCAUUCGGUUUUUUUUUUCUCAUUUUCAUUCUCUCCUUUUUUUCGGUCUCAUUUUUCUUUUCAUUCUCUCCCUUUUUUCGGUCUCAUUUUUUUUUUUCAUUUCCUUUUUUACGGUCUCAUUUUCUUUUCAUUCUCUCCUUUUUUUCGGUCUCAAUUUUCUUUUCAUUCUCCUUUUUUUUCGGUCUCAAUUUUCUUUUUUAUUCUCCCCCUUUUUACGGUCUCAUUUUUCUUUUUCAUUCUCACCUUUUUUUUUUUUUUUCGGUCUCAUUUUCAUUCCCUCCUUUUUUCGGUCUCAUUUUUCUUUUCAUUCUCUCCCUUUUUUUCGGUCUCAUUUUUUCUUUUUUCAUUCUCCCCCUUUUUUACGGUCUCAUUUUUCUUUUCAUUCUCUCCCUUUUUUCGGUCUCAUUUUUUCUUUUCAUUUCCCCCUUUUUUUUUUGGUCUCAUUUUCUUUUUCAUUCUCCCCUUUUUUUCGGUCUCAUUUUUCUUUUCAUUCUCUCCCCUUUUUUUUCGGUCUCAUUUUCUUUUUCAUUCUCUCCUUUUUUUCGGUCUCAUUUUUCUUUUUCAUUCUCUCCUUUUUUUUUUCGGUCUCAUUUUUCGUUUUCAUUCUCGCCUUUUUUCAGUCUCAUUUUUCUUUUCAUUCCCCUUUUUUUCGGUCUCAUUUUUUCUUUUGCAUUUCUCCCUUUUUUUUCGGUCUCAUUUUUCAUUUUUCAUUUCGCACCCUUUUUUCGGUUUCAUUUUUCUUUUCAUUCUCCCUCUUUUUUUCGGUCUCAUUUUUUUUUUUCAUUCUCUCCCCUUUUUUUCGGUCUCAUUUUCUUUUCAUUUCUCCCCUUUUUUUCGGUCUCAUUUUUUCUUUUCAUUCUCUUCCUUUUUUCGGUCUCAUUUUCUUUUCAUUCUCCCCCUUUUUUUCGGUCUCAUUUUUCUUUUCAUUCUCUCCCUUUUUUUCGGUCUCAUUUUCUUUUCAUUUCCCCCUUUUUUCGGUCUCAUUUUUCUUUUUCAUUCUCCCCCUUUUUUCGGUCGCAUUUUUCUUUUUCAUUUCUCCUUUUUUUUUCGGUCUCAUUUUUCUUUUCAUUCUCCCCUUUUUUUCGGUCUCAUUUUUCUUUUCAUUCUCUCCUUUUUUUUCGGUCUCAUUUUUUUUUUUCAUUCUCCCUUUUUUUUCUCAUUUUUCUUUUCAUUCUCUCUUUUUUUUUUCAGUCUCAUUUUUUUUUCAUUCUCCCCUUUUUUUCGGUCUCAUUUUUCUUUUCAUUUCCCCUUUUUUUUUGGCCUCAUUUUUUUUUCAUUCUCUCCCUUUUUUUUCGGUCUCAUUUUUCUUUUUCAUUCCCCCCCUUUUUUUCGGUCUCAUUUUUCUUUUUCUUUCUCCCCCUUUUUUUCGGUCUCAUUUUUCUUUUUCAUUCACUCCCGAUUAUUAUCUAUCGAAUAUAAAUCCCUUGUCUAUAGAUAA